CCCAAUCCACCUCUCCGCUUUCUCUCUCACUCUCUCGUGCAGCUCAGGCAGCAGCCACGUACAUCUCUCUCUCUCUCUCACUUCUUGUGCCAAGCACGCGGCACCUCAGCCACCGGAGGAGGAGCUCGAAUCCGGCGGCCGGCCGGAGCAGCAGCAGGAGGUGGCGGCUGCAGGAUGCCACGGCGAGCAGGGGCUUGCUGUUGAUGCGAGAUUCCCAAUGGCGUCGCGCAGCGCCGCGCUCUGCUUCUCCGCCGCCGUCACCAGCACCACGGCUACCGGUGGCGGUGGCAGGGGCAGGAGCCGGAGGCGCUUCUUGGUCGUCUGCUGCGACGGCAGCCGGAGAUCCGACCUGCUCUCUUCCUCCCUCCUUCUCCCUGUCUGUGUCCAGGCGGCCAAGGUGCUGGGCGCGCCGACGACCUUCGACGCGGCGAAGCUGACGGUGCAGCACGCCGCCGGCCCAUCAGCGUUCCCGAGGGCCUACACGCUGAGCCACUGCGACUUCACGGCGAACCUGACGCUGGCCGUGUCGGAGACCAUCACGAGCGAGCAGCUCCGGCAAUGGGGGCGGCGGCGCGACGACGUGUUCGCCGAGUGGAAGGAGAUGACCUGCACCGGCGGGCCGGGCGGCGGGGAGAUGACGCUGCACCUGCACUGCCACGUGAGCGGGCCCAACCCGCUGCAGGAGCUGGCCGCCGGGUUCCGCUACUACGUCUUCUCCAAGGAGCUGCCGCUGGUGCUCAAGGCCGUGGUGCACGGCGACGCCGCCCUCUUCGCCGCCCGGCCGGAGCUCAUGGACGCCCGCGUCUGGGUGCACUUCCACUCCUCGUCCAGGAAGUACAACCGCAUCGAGUGCUGGGGCGCCCUGCGUGAGGCCACCAAGAGGAGUCUGCUGGAUGGGGGGCUCGUCGACGAGCUCCAGAGCGAGAUCACCGAGCGACGAAGAACAUGGAACAUAUUCAACGCCCUCGUCUCGUUUCUGCUAUGAUCGGUCCGGUCCGGGUGUAUAUGCAUGUACAUUGAGAAAGAUUUGAGAGAUAGGGCAAGCGAUGUGUUGCAUUGCUCGUGAGAAAGAGAGAAAGGAAGAAUUAUGCUUUCAUUUCAUUCUUUUGCUCUGUCUGGUCAUUCUUUGCAUUGCCUUGUUGGCAAGAGAGGAACUCUGGACACCAUUCUUCAGUUCCUGACAUGUACAUUACUGCCAACCAAAUCGGUGCAUUCGUUCACCUUGUUAUAAGCAAGCAUGUGACCCCCUUGUUUAUCGAAUGCCGACGACAUUUGCUGA